ACUGAUUGCGCUUUACAGUACUGGAGAACUAAUCGAUAGUACCAACAGUAACGUCUGCUAUAAGCACGUUUCUCUUCCAAAUUGUUAUUACAUAAAUUUGUAAUUUUGCCAGGUGAACAUUUUUUAAUUAAAACGACAUGUACGCUCUGCUGCGCCGCUUUGCCAGCGCAACCAUUCCAAGUCAACGUUAUGCAUCUUUUACGUUGAGGGACGUUGUGCGGGAGACGGCUGACGAAACCGGCACCUUGUUUACCCGCUUUGCCAAACACAUUGCAGUAGAACGCUAUAAUAUUGCGGAGCACGUGCUGGCGCCUACAAAAAUACGUUAUGUCGAUUACUUUCCUGUGUCGGAUGAUCGCUAUUUUCAGCGUUCCGUCAGCGGCACGCCAGCGGAACAGGUUCCUGCACUCAUAAUACACACUUCCACCUACCGCUCCAAUGCGGCGCCACCCAAGUAUGCCAUGGUGUUGAACGCGCUGGAUGCCCACGCUGUGCAACAACUGCCUAACAUGGAUACUGCCACUGUGCUGGAGACGCUUUACGCAUUCGUUUUCCUCAUGCCCAACUGGCUGAAACGCUUGGAUUUUUAUCAUGCUGCCCUGCGCCGGUUGGCUGAAAAGGAUUUUGUGGAUCCUUCCUCUGUCGGCGGUAAGGAGCGUUUUGUGCAGCUCUGCUUCUUUUUCGGACUGCAGAAGAAACAAUUUAACAACAAGAAAGCGCCCACAUAUUUAGAGCAGCUGCUCACCACACACCUGCUACAGCAUCUGAGCAGCUUCAGUCCCCUGGACUUGGCGUUGGUCAGCAAUGCUGCCUACAAAACGUCCACAGUCAUCACCGGAGAUGCACGUGCACCGUACGAGCAGGCUCUGAUUGAUGCCGUUUUGCAGUUGCCGCUGACCGCUGGCAAUGAUGCUCUAUUAGUGUCAUUUGUGAAAUCGAUGCGUCUUCAGCGCGUGUCUGAUGAAAGGAUUUGCCAGCAUCUGACCUCUAUUUGCUUAGAGCCUACACAUAUACGGCAAUUUGAGCCGCGUGGCAUUGCACACAUUUCCGCGUACUUUGCUGAGCAGCUGUGGGACCACGCCGAUUGCCUGAGCACCAUUGUGGAGCGUCUCUUAGCUCUCAAGCCCGGGGACUUGCGUGCCAAAGAUCUGGCCACACUUCUCUGGUCCUGCGCCGAAUUGAACUGCCAGCUAACUGCUUUGCAGCUAAAGCAAUUAGAGGUGGCUGCACUGCGCAAAUUGGAUCUGGGUGAAUACGAUUACUUUCCGGAUAAUCUAGUCGACACCUGUCUCUCGCUAUGCAAGCUGGGUCACUACUCCAAGCGCCUUAUAGACGCCGCUGAGGAGCUGAAAGCCACGCAAGCGCAACGCCGGCAGAACGCACAACCCAAGGUGGACAGUCGCUUGACAGUUCUUAAUUCAGCCGUGGCUAUAGAGCAACCCACAUGGUCAGACUUGAGCACAAAACAGGUCUUCAAGGAGUCGACACGUACUCCUGACUAUCUGCUUAAGGAACGCGGCGACUUGGUAGAUUAUUCUAAGGAACUGGCCACCGCAGCUGAUGUUAAAGCUGUGGAUCUCGUGUGUCCCAUCCAUGGUAUUAACCUGCCAAGUAUUCGGGUACGCAAGGAGGAGGAAACAUACUACGUUGAGUUGUUGACGCCACAACAGUUGUUGAAAUUCAGCAAAAAACCCACAGCUCUGGUGCGCUUAAAACGUCGCCUACUGGAGGCUUUGGGCCAAAAGGUUGUUGUGCUCAACUCUGCCGAUAUGGCCUCCAAUGCGACAAUAUUGCAGCAACUGAUGCAGGAAAACAUAAAGGGGAGUCCGGUAGAUAAGGAGGAAGAACAGGCGGCUAAGCAAUUAAACCUGUGAUACUUUAUGAUUUAAAUAAUAGUACUAAACAUAGUUAAUUUUCGACAAUUAUACAUAAUACAAGGCAA